GCGGGGGUGCCCCGCGCCCUGAGCCACAACGGCGUCCACCCCACCCCCGGACCCGAGCGCGGCCCCCGCCCCGCCGCCGUACCUGGCGCCCCUCCCCCGCGGGGAGGGUCGGACGGCCGCGCCCUGCGGGGUCGCCGCGCUCCAGCUCGGCCGCCGGCCAGGAUCGCGCCGGCCGUCGGGGCCAAGGAGCCGGGCCAUGCUGGGCCGGCGACGCGUCUUCACCGUGGAGCCGCUCGGCGGCCGGGAUGGGACUGGUGAGGAGCUGGCGCGCGGCUGCGUGGUGCCCGGAGUCACCAGCACCUACCGACGGAUCUCAGACGCUGACCAGGGUGGCUUACCUGCGUCCGGGCCGGGGGACGAGGAACUGAGAGCCCCGGGGAGGCCGGUGCCCAUUCUCAAACUGGCCUCGCGCGACUCGGGUGUGGAGAUGGCCCUGGGGGAUAGCCUCCUGGCCACCUCUGUGGGCCUUUACCAAGACUCUUUGGACUUUGAGCCCACAGGGGGCCCCGAGUCCCCUGCCCACCUGGGCCGGCUCCGAGCUAGCCAGAAGCUGGAGCAGGUGCUGGAACGGUCCCACCAGCUCACCGCUUCCCCUGCCAGCGCGUUACGGCGACACAUCCGCUCCCCGGAGCCACCACGCAAGGCCGAGUGCGAAACAGGCCUUUUGGGAGCAGGGGCACCAAAGACCCUGGAGGUAGACAUGGAUCCUGAAGGCGGCCUGGCAGAAGCAGCGCUGGUUGGGGCCUGCCUCCCUGGGCAGGGUCUUCGCUACCUGGAGCACCUCUGCCAGGUGCUGGAGCAGAUGGCGCGGCUCCAGCAGCUCUGCCUGCAGCUGCAGCCCCAGCAGCCCACGGUGGAUUCUGAGGCUGAGGCGGCCCCUCCAGCCCCACCCUCGGUCCCCCCUGGCAGUGAAGUGCCGGAGUCCUGGGAGCUGCUCAGGCUGAAGGAAACCGCAGAGACAGGGGCAGCAGCCGCUUUACUGCCAGAGGUGGAAGAGGCCAGCGCCACCCCUCCCAGGCUGCUGGAGGACCCAGCAGAACCAGAGCACCCCUUUCCAUCCUCCCAGGGACACAGGGUCAAGGUCCUGCUCAGACGGAUCCGCUGGAGGAACUCUCGGCGCCCAGAGACCCCCACCCCACCGGACGACUGUGCCCCUGAGAUUGAAUCAAGGAACCUACCUGAGAGGUCACCGCGAGGGCUUCUCCGGAAGACCUUUAUGCCAUCAUUAGUUGUUAAGAAGCAGCGAGCAAAAAACCUGUCUGUGUGCUAAGGCUCUCCUGUGCAGGGUGUGCCCUUGCCCUUUGCCCUGUUGCUGCUUCUUGUCACUGCCAGGAAUCGCUGCUGUCACUGCCUGGCCUCUGUCUCUGAGCGAGGGCCGAGGC